AUGUCCUUCACCUCCGCAGCCCGACAGUCCACGCGAUCACUCCUCCGCCCGCUCGAUCCCCGACCCAGCGUCUCGACCCGAGCAUUCUCCGUCCGCCCGCCUCUCCGCGCCGACACCUCCGCAUCAUCACCAUCAUCAUCCGCCAGCGCCAUCGCGACCUCCUUCCUCACCCGCUUCCAAUCCCUCGGCCCUCACACCCGCUCCCAGACCCUCGACGCAAACCAGCUCCAGCUCCUCUCACUCACCCUCAACCGCCCAUCGCUAUUUCCUAACUCCCCCCGCUAUCCAACACCCCCGCCUCCCUCCCACCCGGCACCCCCCUCCCUGCAGGCUACCACCUCGUACACCUCCUACAACCCGGCAUCGCCUUUCACCCGCCGCAUGUGGGCCGGCGGCGAGGUGCACUGGCCUCGGGGAAACGACGGGAAGCCGAACUUCCUCCGGGUGGGGCAGGAAGUACACGAGACGACGAGGGUGCUCAGCGCGGAGCCCAAGACGGUGCGAAAGACGGGCGAAGACAUGAUCGUUGUGGGCGUGGAGAAGGAGUUUCGCAAUGAGGAUGGAGUGGCGGUUUUGGAUCGCAGAAACUGGGUCUUCCGCAAAGCCCUCACCACCCCAAACCCAACCACAUCGUCCGCUCCCCCAGCUACGAAGGCGGUCAACGCCCCGGCGAGCUCGACCACCUCAACUACUGGUAAUACGCACACGCGCACCCAGCGCCAAACGGCCGUCACGCUGUUCCGCUUCUCGGCGUUGACGUUCAAUCCGCAUAAGAUCCAUUACUCGACGCCGUGGGCGCGGGAUGUCGAGGGCCAUAAGGAUAUUGUGGUGCAUGGGCCGUUGAAUCUCAUCUCGAUUUUGGAUUUGUGGCGCGAUACGAGAGGGGGAGAGGGGCUGGUUCUGCCGGAGAAGAUUGCCUAUCGGGCGACGAGUCCGUUGUAUGCGGAGGAUGAGUAUCAAGUUGUGUUGGAUGAGGAGGCGGGGGAUGGGGUGGGGAGGGUCCAGAUUGUUGCGCCGGGAGGGGUCGUUGCUAUGAAGGCGGAGAUUUGGUAG